GAAGCAUAAGACAUCAAACAUGAAUUUUUGGCAAUGUUUCAACACAUGAAAUGAAUCUAUGUUGUGCUAUGAUGUGUCGGUUGUAGGUUUAUUAAAAAGCCGUACCUUCCUACAUGCAUAAAAAAAUUGAAUUGUGAUAGAAAGAUAUGAAGAGAGGAAGUUACAGAGUUGUCACGUUUCAAUGUUCUUUCGAUGGCAUUUAAAGUUACCUUUGUCAAUGCAACACCUAGCCAAAGGCAAUACUAUCUAUCGUAGACGUGUCUUUGACUAGGUGAAACCUAUAUUAGAAUCAAGUACCCUGUUUUUUCGUUAUAAGCUAGUAGCUAAGAAGAAUAAAAGUGAUUUUUUUGGCUCACUAGUAGCUUAGGAACGAGUAGUAGCUUAUAACGAAAAAACAGGGUAGGUGCUUAUUUUUUGAAGCAAAAAAUAUUGCCUUUUUCUAGUCAUUCAUGUUCUAGUGUGGCACCUUUCCAAGGUACCUAUCUGACAACUCUGUUGAGGAAGUUACAGAGCAUAUAGGUAAAUAAAUAGAUUGAAAAAGGGAUAACGAAAUGUCAAGAUAAUGUGAUUUAUUGAUUUAAUUUCACCUGACUUACUUCAUCAUAUAACGAAACUUUAUCAACGCUGUCAGGACUUUUCUUAAAAUCAUUAAUUAAUUCCUUUAACCGUUCAUUAAAUUUCUCAUCCAGCCAAUCAAAUCGCACUUCCUCAUCUUCAAUUUCAAUAAAAUUAAUUGACAAAUUUAUAUUUUGCAUCACAAUUUCCAUGAUUUUUAACUUUAACAAAAAUAUCCUCUUUAAACGCGAAACAUAAAUAAACAGACUUUUUGUUUAUCAACUAAAGAAAUCACUUUUAGGUCCGUUCAGAUUGAAUGUCUAAAGCAUAACUGACGACUAGCAAAGAAUUUUUCGUCAACAACAUGCUGAAUCGUUCACAAAUCAAGUCACAUUACAAAAAAUUAUCAUUUAGGGAUUUGCUCCAUUUGAUCCUUGGGAAAAAUUGUGCAAUGACUUGGAUUAGCCCAACUGUUAAUCACAGCAAAAAGCUUAAUUUAAUUAAAUAUCUGUAUUAAACAAACUAUGGCUGAUGUAAAUUUUAGUAAAGUGAUUCAGAAUAUUUCACUUAUCCAUACUAGAGCAUCGCCACGCGAUAAGCUUUGGAUUCAGAGAUUAAAGGAAGAAUAUCAAGCACUGAUCAAAUAUGUAGAAAUUAACAAAGCUAAUGAUUCAGACUGGUUUAGAAUUGAAAGUAAUGCAGAUGGAACUAAAUGGCAUGGAACAUGCUGGUUUAUCCACAACUUCCAGCGAUACGAAUUUAAGCUUCAAUUUGAGAUUCCAGUAACAUAUCCAAUGACGGCAGUAGAACUAGAGAUUCCAGAAUUGGAUGGAAAGACAGCAAAGAUGUAUAGAGGUGGAAAAGUAUGCCUUACAACCCAUUUUAAUCCAUUGUGGAUAAAGAGCAAUGGAAAGUUUGGAAUUGCACAUAUAUUAGCUCUUGGAUUGUCACCAUGGUUAGCGGUUGAAAUACCAGAAAUGGUCGAUAAAGGCUUAAUAAAAGCUAAAAACUGCUGAUUGAAGUAGCAAUUUCCGUAACGGUCCUAAAACUUUCAAAAUUUUCUCGAGAAAAAAACGUAUACUUUUUAGCGCAUUUUCUUAUCAAGAAAUGACGCUAUUGUCCAUACUUUGUUCGUCUGUCUAUAUGUCUGUCCAGCUAUUUCCUCCCCCAGUUCAAGCUUUUUUUGAAGCGGUUUUUGGCUCAUACUAUUUGUUUUAUGUCUGGCAAACGUUGCCCAAAAAAUCAGAAUGAUUGGUGCUCAGAAAGAUUAGCUUUUCUAUAAUUUCACCUUACGUUUUACGUACGUAUUUCUUACGUAGCUCUUAAACACAGUGGCUGUUCCAAGGGCUGAACACCUAGGGGCCGUUCGUAUUUUAUGGGGGGGUUGAAAAAUUGUAACAAAAUGUAACAUAGGGGGGGGGGGG